AUGUCACCCAUGAAGGAAAGCAACGAGAAACAGGCCCAGAAACCUGCCGUGAACCAGAUCAUCGAAGGCAGCACCUCGGGACAACCACGCGCUCUCAACCAUCUAUCCACUAUUCCCAUACCAACAACGCCUUUGCGCCGCGCAUCCAGUGCCGGACCUCCCUCCACACACAGUUAUGUACGCCGAGCAUCGGGUGCCCGACUUGGAUCCGCGAAGAGACCUGUUGCUGUAACGCCGCAUGGGAGGGCUGCGCGACGAGAAUUGGAGCUACGCAGAGGGCUGACGCCAGGAAAAGACAGGAGGAGAAGCGGCUUACAGCAGAGAGAGACCCCGAGGGACGUACUGAGGCAAUUGAGUAGGAUUCUGGCGCCGAAGACUUUGCCAACUGUACCGACGCCGCAGGCUCGAAAUAAUGCUGGAUCCAGGCGACUUGCCGAGGAGGAGGAUCCUGAUGAUGAGAACGCAUUACCGAGGCCAAGGUUCUCGCUACCCGGAUUCGAGGAGGAUGAGGACGAAGAUGAUAGUCUGUUGCUGCCACCUCACUCUGCUGGAUUGGAGGACGAAAACCUUACUAUACAGUCGGUGGAGAGGGCUCGGAGGGCGAUCAGUGAACAACCACCACGACUAUCCAGAGGCAGCUUUGGAAGUGUUCGGCUGAGUGAUGUGUUUGCAGAUCUGAACGAAUCAGGGCUUGGACGAGAUGAUUACGAUUCCAGCUAUUUGGCCGAGCGUACCUUUGGAGAUCUGGAUUUUCCAGUAGGCGAAGAUGGGGUACUGGAUGGUGAGAAUACUGAUACCAUACGAGGUCUGGACAGAGCACGAUUCUCCUUGGCAGGAGGUAGAGAAAGUGACAUACGACCCGAUAUACUACCUGGAGACGACACAGAGACGACGUUUGCGUUUAAUGUACCACCAAAAGGUGCUUCUGAGGAACCAAUGGGGAAACGACUUGUCGAGGAUGUUGUAGAACAUUUGUUGAAGGACCCGGAAGUGUCAGGAGACGAGGAGCCUGUAGAAGAACUCGAGGAUGAGCUUGAAGUAGAAGGGCUGGAUGGUGUCGAAGCCGGACACGGAGACGAAAGCAGACUUGAUGUUACAGGGACUGAUCUCAGCAUGGCAGACACAACGAUGCAAGAAGCCGAAUCUGCUGCGUUAGUCCCCAAGGCCGGAAAGAAAAAAAAAGUUAAGCUGUCUAAACAUGGCCUUGAAUAUCCAUCUCUGCCCGCAGGCGUUGUCAAGAAGCUAGCAACAAAAUUUGCACGAACCUCUGGCAAUAGCAAGGCCAAAAUUAACAAGGAGACUCUGGAAGCUAUCAUGCAAGCAUCGGACUGGUUCUUCGAGCAGGUUAGCGAUGACUUGGGGGCUUACGCAACACAUGCUGGCAGGAAGACUAUCGAUGAGAGUGAUAUGGUCACACUCAUGGCUCGCCAACGCCAGACCAAUUCAACCACAACGCCGUUCUCUCUAGCCCAGAGAUACCUGCCCCGAGAACUCCUCCAAGAAUUGCGUAUGGUGCCACCUCCGAAACUGAAGAAAGGGCGGCAGUUGAAUAGAAUCGAGGAAGAAGAAUGA